AUGGCGCCGACGCAGAGCCGCCUCCUCGCUGGCUUCGGCCUCUUCUCUGCCGCCUUCGCAGCCACCCUAUCGCUCUCCGAAGACGUUCCGUCCGGCAUCUCCGCCACCGUGGACCCGUCGUUUGCGGGCUUUGGCAUCGAGCUCGACCACCUCUACUACUUCAUGGGAGACGAGACUCCCAACGAUCUCACCCUCAACCUCAUCAACAACCUCGCCAACUUCACCGGUCGGCCACCGCACAUGAGAUUGGGCGGCAACACGCAGGAUUACCUGAUUUACGACGACUCGCAAAACGACUGGCUUAUCAAGCCGAACCCGCGACCCACAGCGCCCGGAAACGUCCCGGCGGACAACUUCAUCGUCGGCCCGAAAUUUAUGGAGAUCGCGAACCGACUGCCGAAGGGUACCCCCGUAACAUGGGGUCUCAACCUGGGAUAUGCAGAGUCGGAUUACAUCGAGAAGCUCACGACUAUGGCCACGCAAAUUAUCGAGCGAUGCACCAACAUCAACCUAGUUUCUUUCGAGUUCGGCAACGAGCCAGACCUGUAUGGCGAUAACGGAUUCAGGAAGGGAACCUGGUCGGGGUCGGUGUACGCUAAGGAGUGGCUUGACCGCGCCCGCGCCAUCUGGGAGGAGGUUUUGCAGCCGCGCGGCUUGCACAGCAACUUCUUCGAGUCAUCCGCUUCGACAGCUUGGGUGGCGGGUACCGGAUUUGAGAUCAAGGAUCUCGAGAGCUACCUCGAUGUUAAGGCCAACGACUCAGACACCGGAUUCCUGUCCAGCUGGAACCAACAUAACUACUACUACUUCGUCGGAUCAUUCCCAUACCCGCUGACGUUGGACUACAUGAUGCACUUCAUCAACACCCAAAGACAGUUCGCCACGAUCGAAACUCAGAUCGACCAGGCGAAGACAACGCCAUACCCGUUCGCUCUGAGAGAGAUGUCCGUCGUCGGACCUCUUGGUGUCGAGGGCCUGAGCGACACUUUCGCAGCAGCUCUGUGGACUUUCGACUUCCUCCUCUACGCCGCUACGCUCAACAUUUCAUCUGUUCAGUUUCACAUGACCUAUGACAGCAAUUCCAGUGUUUGGCAGCCGACACGCAUGUUCGGUCGCGACCGCUUUGUCCGGCCUCUUUACUACGGCAUCGCCGCGUUCGCGCAGACCAUUGGCCGUUCCUGCACCGCGCGAAUCGCCGAGACCAACAUCACGGACGCGCCAUCCGGGUACGAUGGCUACCUGAAGGCCUACUCUGUGUACCAGAGCGACUCGCUCUCCUCCGUCGUCCUCUUCAACGGCAAGAUCUCCAACGUGUCUGAGUCGUCAAAGUCUCAAAUCACCGUCGAUCUGACGUUCCCGACCAAGCUCGCCGGCGAGACGCUGCACCUGGGAUACCUGACCAGCGACGGCUCCGACGCCACCCACGGAACGACGUGGAACGGCAUCAGCUUCGAGCAGGACAACAAGGGCACCCAGUCGCAGGUCUCUAGCGAAGACAUCACGGUCAAGGUCGAGGGCGACGGCAAGGCGAGCAUUCCCCUAAGAGACGCCGAGGCUGUCGUCGUCAACGUCGGUGCCCGGGUCGGCACCUCGGAGGCGGAUCCGACGGCGUGCGACGCUUUGACGUCCGCGUCUCCGGGAGUCGGUACGGCGACUACUUCGACCCCGGGGCCCGCCGGGGAACCCAACAACUCUUCGGACGACGACGAUAGUGCGGCGGGAAGUUUGUUGGCUGGCAAAGCUGUUUACGGUUGCAUUGCGUGGAGUUUGGCAUUUACUCUGGGAGCCUUGCUUUUCUAG